AUGAAGGAAAACAUUAAAAAUUAUUUAAAUACUGUGCAGGAAAUGAUAUUAGACGAAGAAAAACUAGUUACAUACAUUUCACUUAGUAAAGAACUUUGCCUACAUGUCAACGAAAGCAAAAUACUGUUGCAAAAGCUCAUAGAAGAUAUUCGUGAAAAGAACCCGAAGAUUGCUCUAAAUAUUAACUAUAUUAUUUCUGGUAUAACAGACAAAAACGUUGCUAAAACAAUUGUGUGUACUGAGGCUGAAUUAAGCGAUCUUAAAAAGAACUUCGAGGCUAUAUUUUUCGAACAUAUAUACAGUGUUAACAAAGGGUUUUCACGUGUAAAUAAUGCUUCGUUAUUAACUACCAACAAAUUCGAGGAUUUUACUUUAUGUACAGGUAUAAUAAAAUGUAGUGAAUGCUUAAAACGAACCGCUGAUGAAAUUGGAGCUCUAAAGUCUAACAGUCAAAAUCGUGCUAUAAUUGAUAAUAAAACUGAAAAUAUACCUCCAAAGAAAAUAAAGAAAGACAUUCCUGAAAAAUCAAAGGAAUCGGUAAAUAAUAAAGAGGAGCCGAAGCACAAUGGAACUAAGUUUCAGGAAAACAUAAAAAAUGAAAUAUGCUCACCUAAAAAAGAAGAUAUUUGCAAAACAGCAACAAAUAAAAACAAUAUAAAACAGAAAGGAAUAGCUGGAUUUUUUGGUAAAUCUAAUGGAGUUACUAUUAAAAAGGAAAUAGAAAAAAAGCCAGUCAAAACAGAAGUUAAAGAGGUCAAGGUACAAAUGUCUACUACAACAGAAGUUAAAGUAGAAAGAAUGUCAGUAGAUAUUGUAGUGGAAAAUGAACAAAAGAAAGUUAAAGAGAGUGAUAAGAAAUUGAAGAACAAACAAGAAGCAGAAAAAAAGACUGACAAAAAGUCUGAUGUAGUAGAAGAAAAGAAAAUCACAAAGAAAAACUUGAGAGUUGACAAGAAAAGAAAGAGAGUGUUAUGUGUUUCAGAUAGUGAGAGCGAUAAUGAAACUAAUGACCCAUUUAUCUCUGAAGAACAUAUGGAUGUAAAAAAUGAGUCAGAAGAUGAAAUACCUCCUACCCCAUCUGUAAAUCCCAUUAAAAUCACUUCAGGUAUAGUAAAUCCUAAAAAGAGAAGAAAGAUUGUAGAUAAGACAUAUACUGGUGAAGAUGGUUAUAUUAUAACAAGAAAGGAAGAGGUAUAUGAGAGUUGUUCCGAAAAUGAUGAAGAAGUAACAAGCAAAGAAAAUGUUGAACAUGUUAAUACAAAAAUAAUAGAGACCUCACCAAAAGGAAAGAAGAACGGUAUGAAAACUUCUAAGAAAAAGGUAUCUCAACCCCAAACAGGAAAACAAACUACAAUUAUGAACUUCUUUAAUAAAUCUGUAAACUGA